AUGAAACGAUUCUUGAAUGUGGGUUUCGCAGUUUUUGCAGGAGUAAUGGUUCUUUACAUGCUGGAGUUCCAUCUGUUGGAGGGACACGGACAAACUUUUCUUUUAGCUUUUUUCACCCCUUCCAACAAAACACAGAAUAUCAGUAUCAGUAGAAAUUCAAGCAGAGCAGCUGAAGUUAAGUCAAGCGAGAUACCAAUCGACCACUACGUGCCAGUCAGUGAUCCUACUUUCGCCGGGAAGACAUUUGAAAUGGACAAUGAAACCUUCCGAAUCGUACAGGAUUUUCUAAAGGAAAACGUUUUUAAACGUAAACCUGUGAAGCUAAAUCCCAAAGCAUCGUAUUUUGACGUCGUUGUUCCUGUCUCUGCCGCUUCCAGCAACCAUUUUGGAGAGCUGAUGAGAGUUGUAGAUCACUUUCCCAAGCACUUACCAGGAGUUAAAUUGGUUUGUUAUGAUAUUGGACUCAGUGAGCCGCAAAUGGAUAUAUUGAAAAGCAAAACUCAUGUUAUCUAUAGAAAGUUUGAAUUUGAGAAAUAUCCACCUCACAUCAAAAACUUAAAGAACUAUGCUUGGAAAUUGCUGCUAAUAGGAGAACUGUUAUCAGAAUUCGAUGGAGUAAUGUGGAUUGACAGUUCAAUCAGAAUUUACGGUCAUUUCGACCAUAUUUUGGAAAGAAUGGUUCACUUUAACUCUGGAGCUCUGUUCUUUCUUAAAAUUGAAAGAGAACAUUCAAUUGCAAUGGCCACCAAUCCAAAGAUGAUUGAAUAUUUUCCAGUGUUCCCCAAAGAAGGCCUAACAGAAACUAUGUUACCAGGGGGUACAAUUCUUUUGUUUAACACGGAAGAUGUCCAAGAGCAUGUCAUGAAGUGGGCAGCGGUCUGUGCCCUUGUUACAGAUUGUAUAGCACCUCCAGGAUCAAGACUUCAUUGCCCAGGCGGUUUUUGGGAGGCACCACGAGAAAAGCAUGGCGGUUGUCAUAGAUAUGAUCAAGCUCUUCUGAGCCUUCUUGUUACAAAUCUUUAUCAUAAUGAACGUGAAAGGUUCAGCUUAAAUAACACUGAAGCUUUAUCUGAUACGGGCUUUAGGGGCUAA